UCCCCCUCAAAAUGAAAAACAAUAUUAAUCAUUUUUAAAAAGGUUGGAGAGUUUGGUGACAAUCACACCCAAAACUACUCCCACACACAAAAUGUGAAGACGAAUGGUGGUAAGUGGUAGGUAAAUGAAAGCCCCAUGAUUAAGAAUGGGGAGAGACUUUAAAGCACAUGAAGUAGCUACCAACCAACCAGACAACCUCAGGAAUUACUCCACUACUGUUCUUCUUUCUCUUCUUAUAAAUCCACUUCUUCUGGGCAUUCUGUUUUUGGGUUCUCUUGUAUUAAAACUAAGACUCUCCUGCUCUUUUUAUUGGCGUCGAAUCCAAAAUUCAAUCAAUCAAUCAAAUGGCACAAGAAGUUGUAAUUCCAAAUGAGGAGGUUGUUCUUGGAGAAGAACUAGACCAUGUAAGGUUGAUCACCUUAAACCGGCCUCGUCAAUUAAAUGUCAUCUCAUCUAAAGUGGUUUCUCUGCUAGCAGAUUACUUGGAAAGAUGGGAGAAGGACAACAAAGCAGAGCUUAUAAUAAUCAAGGGUGCUGGCCGAGCUUUUUCUGCUGGUGGAGAUUUGAAAAUGUUCUAUGAUGGAAGAAAGUCAAAGGACUCCUGCCUUGAAGUGGUCUAUAGAAUGUAUUGGCUUUGUUAUCACAUUCAUACCUAUAAGAAAACCCAGGUUGCUCUUGUGCAUGGCAUUUCAAUGGGUGGAGGUGCAUCUUUGAUGGCCCCAAUGAAGUUCUCAGUUGUCACUGAAAAAACUGUAUUUUCCACUCCAGAAGCAAGUAUUGGGUUUCACACUGACUGUGGCUUCUCAUACAUUCAUUCUCAUCUCCCUGGGCAUUUGGGGGAAUACUUGGCCUUAACAGGAGCUAGGCUGAAUGGUAAGGAAUUGGUGGCAGCUGGACUGGCAACCCAUUUUGUCCCUUCCGAGAAACUGCCUGAGCUAGAGAAGCGUCUGAUAAGCUUGAACUCUGGUGACAAGAAUGCAGUCAAAUCUGCAAUUGAAGAAUUCUCAGUGGAAGUUCAACUUGAUGAAGAUAGUGUACUGAACAAGAAGUCAAUAAUUGAUGAGUGCUUUUCCAAGGAUAGUGUGGCAGAGAUAAUAAAAUCAUUUGAAGCUGAGGCAAGCAAAGAGGGAAAUGGAUGGAUAGGUGCAGUUCUUAAGGGGUUAAAAAGAUCAUCUCCUACUGGAUUGAAAAUAACACUAAGAUCGAUUCGUGACGGAAGGAAGCAAACACUGCCUGAAAGUCUGAAAAAGGAAUUUAGAUUAACAAUGAAUAUACUACGAGCCUCAAUCUCUGAGGAUGUCUAUGAGGGUAUAAGAGCUCUCACCAUUGACAAGGAUAAUGCUCCAAAGUGGGACCCACCGUCUCUGGACCAAGUUGAAGACGAGAAAGUAGACCUGGUAUUUCAGCCAUUCAAAGAGGAUUUAGAGGUCCUGAUUCCAGAAAAGGAAGAAAGCAGGUGGCAUGGUAAAUAUGAGACUACACCCUAUGCAACUUCAAAGUAGAUGGCAUAAGCAAAACAAAUUUCUGGUCUGCAGCUGUUUGUUUUAGGAACUGUUGUUGGUGUAGGCACAAGGUACAAAGCCCCAAUUAUACGCAUGUAUGG